GCUUAUGUGAAACGCCAUGGCGGCCGUGCCGGGAAGCGAAGAUGGUUAUUCAUGGAAGUGUGGAGUAAAUUCUCCGGCAAUGGUUUUUCUUGGCGCUGGACCGCCGUUUUGUCCCGGUGUCUUGUUGGCAGCUAGCCUUCUAGGGCGAGGAGAGACAACUGGAGAUGCUAUGACAUGAACUGACAGCCUUGUUGACAUGUGCUCGGAAGCAAGCUAUAUAGUCACUUGGCGUGCCUGUCGAUUCCUUCCUUUUCCGACGCCUUGCUAGGAUAUAAUCCUCACUCAUUUAGUCCGGAGGAUCUCGCAGCAACAACUCACUCACAUGCAUACUUCAUAUCUUCUGGGCGCCCUUGCCGCCCUGGCUGCUACCGCCGUCGGUGCUCCGGCAGAGCACAUCAAGAAGCGAGAGAGCCGGACGAGUGCUCCCUCAGGGUGUCUGACGGUCGGAUCGGAUGGAACUUAUUCCACCAUCGGCGACGCGCUUGACGCUCUAGGCUCAUCCACUUCGUCCGCUUGCAUUUACGUUGCCAGCGGCACGUAUGAGGAGCAGCUGACCAUUGACUACGCUGGCAACCUGACCCUGUACGGUGAGACUACCGACACCAGCACAUACAAGGACAAUGUGGUUACCAUUACCCAUACCAUCUCGUCGUCGGAUGCCGGCUCUCUCGACAAGAGCGCUACCGUCAACGUGGUCUCGGAUGGGUUCAGCAUGUACAACAUCAACGUGGAGAAUGGAUAUGGCGAGGGAGCACAAGCUGUAGCCCUUGUCGGAAACGCAGACCAACUGGGCUUCUAUGGAUGCCAAUUCAGUGGUUAUCAAGACACUCUCUAUGUCAAGGCCGGCACCCAGUAUUACUCCAACUGCAUGAUCGAGGGCGCGGUCGACUACAUCUUUGGCGAUGCGUCCGUGUGGUUCGGCGAAUGUGACAUUGUGUCUAACGGCGCCGGUGCCAUCACGGCCUCAUCGCGCGAAACCCCCUCUGACUCAGGCUGGUACGCCAUCGACAACUGCAACAUCAAGGCUGCUUCAGGAGUCUCUCUCACGGAGGAGGUCUACCUGGGCCGGCCGUGGCGCGUGCUGGCGCGGGUCAUCUACCAGAACUCGGUGUUGUCGGACAUCAUCAACCCCAAGGGAUGGACGACCAUGGCAGACGGUGCGACGCCGCUGUAUUAUGAAUACAACAACUCUGGUGCGGGAUCGGACACCUCUGAUCGCGAAUACGAGACCUCCAUUUCUGCUGCGGUUGACAAGACCACGGUGCUGGGCGAGACUUGGGGAGACUGGAUUGAUCGGAGCUACUAA